AUGGCCAGCCCCUGGGACGAAGACAUCCUUGACAAAGAUUUCAAGAUCUUAAAACCUCUAGGCGUAGGUUCUUUCGGGGAAGUGAAGCUUGCCUGCCACAUUCCCACAAAUUCACAUGUUGCUAUCAAGAUUCUUAGUAAAAAAAGCAAUGCUAUGAAUGAGAUGAACUCAGAAGUAAAGAUCCUUCAGACUUUGGAACACAGUAACAUCAUUCAUUUUUUUCACGUCAUUGACACACAGUCAAGGACUUAUAUCAUCACGGAGUAUGUGGCUGGAAAGGAUCUAUGGAUGUUCCUCCGUGAGGUGAGAUGUUUAAAGGAGCAGGAGGCUAGACCCAUCUUUCAACAAGUCAUAACAGCGGUGUACUUUCUCCACCAAAGACGCAUUGCGCAUCGCGAUAUUAAAUUGGAGAAUAUCCUUAUUGAUGGAGGUGGCAACGUCAAGCUCUGUGAUUUCGGUUUGGCAAUUCAGCUUGCAAAGGGGCAGAUGUUGAAGAGAGUGUGUGGUUCUUUGAAGUAUAUGGCUCCAGAAAUCUUGGCAAGAAAACCUUAUGAUGGGCUGGCUGUUGACAUGUGGAGUUUAGGAGUCGUUCUAUAUGUAAUGGUCACAGGACAAUUUCCAUAUGCAGAAGUCACAAUAGAUGGUAUGCACAGGCUCAUCACCAACACAACAUAUCCCAUCUUCGACCACUUGUCAAUUCCUUGUCACAUCAUCAUCGCACUAUUACUCAUGGUUCCCACCAACAGGAGAAUAACCAUAUAUCAACUUGUUAAAAUAUCAUGGCUGGGUCCCAUAAAAAAACAUACAGCACCUACAACUAAAGAAAUCCUCCCAAGGCUUGUAGAGACUAUGUACACCAUGGGUUAUAACUUGGAAGAGAUUUUUUCAUCACUAAGAUACAGGCAACCAAAUGAAGUAACAGCAACUUUUAAUAUUCUAAAACACAAAUUGAUGUGUGAGAACAGUUUCCAGCAAAAUGAGCAUCUGUGUUUAAAGGGCAGUCACAUAAGUGCUAAUCCCCCUCUAUUCUCGUUGAAGAAGAGAGCAAGUGAACCAGCCCUCCCAACAAUUAGAGAAGCUGGGAAGAGACAAUCUAAAAAAGAGUGUGUAGAAGGAAGAUACAAGAGUUGCCAAAGUCUUAUCAAGCUCAACAUAUACUCCUGCCUCGAGCUGAAAGCUUGUUCAGACAUCACAGUCCCAUAA